AUGGCACAUUAUCAGAAUGUGCCGUUAGGUUUCCGUUUCCACCCCACUGAUAAAGAGAUUGUGGGUUCCUUUCUCCACACCUUGUUGGUCGACAGAAAUCCUUUGAUGCCGCCGUACAGCAACUUCAUCCGUGCCUGCAAUCUCUUCGGCAACAAGUUAGAGCCUUCGGAGAUUUGGAAAAGGUACGGGGGGCCUCAACUUGUUGAUCAAGACUUGUAUUUCCUUUCCGGGCUCAAGAAGUUAAGCCCAAAGCGCAUGGAUCGUAGCAUUGGCCACGGCGGUACCUGGAGUGAAACUGAAUCCUUCAAACUUAUUGAGUACGACAAUGGAAACCCGAACCCCAUUGGCCGAAAACGAAAAUUCCGCUAUGAGAAUAAAGGGUCCGAGGAGCACACAUGGUGGUUACUGGAUGAAUAUAGUCUUUUUGUUGGUCCCAAGAAUGACUACAAUGAUCGUAGUUACGAUUUCGAUUUCGUGAUUUGUCGAAUGAGGAAGAACGACAGGGCCUCGAAAGGCUACUCUUCUAGUAUGACUGGUGGUGAACUAGUGGUCUCUUGUGAUGAUGUUGAUUCGAUUGAUCUGACAUUCUUCGAGAACAAUCCUAUCUUCAACAUUGAACAAAUACUUUGUGAAACCAAAGUGGAGGAUGCUUGCAGCCCAAGUAACUCUGAGAAUAUCGACAGCAGCUACUCUAAAUGGACUGAAUCAUAUAUGGAAGAGCUCAUGGCUUGUAUCUAA